CCGGUUUUAAAACGGUUCUGUUUAAUAUUUUUGUUCCGAGCUAAAUUUAUUUAUAAAAGUUUUAGAUGUGUUUAUAAGGGUGAAAAUCGUUCAACAAAACUAUUUUCUAGAGAGAAAAAGAGACACCUGUGAUAUAACUGACUGCUGAAAUGAACAAAUUCUUAAACCAAUGUAAAGGACUCCUUAAUUCCAAGAUUAUCCCGAGAAUUGUUGUAAUCGGAAACGAAAGCUGCGAUCUAGAUUCGGCCGUUUGCAGCAUUUCACUUGCCUUCCACCUGUCGAAAUGUCCCAGUUUCGUCGAAACAGUUACCGACUGGGAGCGCAUUGUGCCGGUCUUGAACUUAACUCGAGCCGAAUUGCCCCUCAAAACGGAAGUUAUCUAUUAUCUGCAAGCACAACAAAUUGAUCUCGACAGUCUGAUUUGUAAGGAUGAGGCUAAUUUUGCCGAUGCUGCCUGGGAACAUACUAAAUUCGUUCUGGUAGAUCAUCAUAUGUCACCACAUCAGGCAAACGUGGUUGGAGUGGUGGACCAUAGACCAGUAGAUCCACACUCAAACCUCACCGAUAAGGUAUUCCAGUAUAUCGAACCGGUCGGUUCCUGUGCUACGCUUGUUGCGAAAUUAAUUGAUCAAUCAAACAUGUUUGCCAAACACCAAGAAGAAUACAUGUUGCUGUUUAAACUACUUUACGGAGCCAUAAUCUUGGACACGGUGAAUUUUUCGGAGCAAGCAAACAAAGCUCGCGAACUGGACCACUACAUGGCGCAGCUGAUUGAGCAAAAACUUGGAAUAAGCGAACCAGUUUCAAACCACAGAAAAACAUUGUUUGAAACACUAGUCGAUAAAAGAAGAGACGUUGGCAGUCUCGAUUCCCUACAAAUCCUGUCCAAAGAUUUAAAAAUCAUUGCUCGAAACGGGCGUACUGUUGCCAUACCUGGUUUUCCCAUUCUAGUGCAGAGUUAUGUGCAAAAGCCAAACGCUGAAUCAAACCUGUUGACGUUUGCCCAGCAAACUCGGUCCGAUGUGGUUGUUCUCAUGGGUAUGCACGUAACCACUGGGAGCGAUCAGGUCCGGAGGGAUUUGGGGGUCGUCAACAUCGGUGAUGCCGUUCUUUGGGAAAAGAUUAUCACAGCUUUGGUGAGCUCCACAUUGCCGAACCUUAGCUUGAAAAGGCGUUCGGGUGACGAAUUUUUAGGCGGACAGUUUUUCGAUCAAGGCAACAUAGCGGCUUCUAGGAAACAAAUUUUACCAAUUAUAAGCAACGUUCUAGACAAAUUAUAGUACGUUUAGCAGUAAAUCAUGGUUGUAAAAUUAAAAAGGUUUUUUUGUCAGCUUUUACUAUUUUUUUUUGUGCCUGGGAAAGAGGCACUUUUGACACCAAGCUACUUCGAAUAUCCGAGCUGUUGGACAAUUUUUGGGUUUGCAAAAUGAAAAAUAUUAAUGCGGGAAGGACCUAAUAAAAGCGAAGAGCCAGAGUAUGUCAUGAUUCAACUCGGAAAAUGAA